AUGUAUAGUUUAAAAUGCUUUACCAUUAAGUAUUUAACAUUAAAACGUUUUAUAGAAGAAUUUUCAUGGGGCGAACGACAUAAACAAACAUUAAUACUUUUUUUUGGAAUGGUAAUUUCAUAUGGGUUGAGAGUUAAUCUGUCAGUUGCCAUUGUAGCUAUGACUGACAAAUCAAGUGCCAAUAGACAUUUUAUAGAGUUGCCCUGGAACGAAUCAUCAAAAAGCAAAGUAUUAAGCUCAUUUUUUUGGGGAUAUCUAAUAACUCAAGUAUAUGCUGGACAAAUGGCACAGAAGUAUGGAGGUAAAUAUUUCUUAGCUGGUGCAUUAGGAGUCAGUGGUGUCUUGACAAUACUCACUCCAGCAUCGGCGAUACACGGUGGUGUAUUAGUUAUGUGUGCAAACAGAAUGGUUCAAGGAAUGGCACAAGGUUUCAUAUUUCCAGCAGUUAAUGUUUUGCUAUCAAAAUGGGCACCAGCAUCCGAAAAAGGACGUUUGAUUUCAUUUGUGUUUAGCGGCACACAAUUUGGAUCAUUAGUUAUGCUUCCUACCGCAGGUCUAUUAGCUAGUAGUUCAGGUGGUUGGCCAGCCAUAUUUUACAUAGGUGGUGCGUUCACAUUAGUAUGGGUACUCGUUUGGUCUUUAAUGGGAGCUAACAGCCCAUCAGAACAUCAAACUAUAAGUGAGGCAGAAAAAAAAUUCAUUAUUAACUCAUUAAGUAAUACAAUAUCAAAUAAGCCUUUACCAACUCCUUGGGGAAAGAUAUUUACAUCAAUUCCUAUGUGGACACUUAUAAUUGCACACCUAACACAGAACUUGGGAUUCUGGAUUUUAUUAACAAACAUGCCAACCUAUAUUAACUAUAUACUAAAAUUCGACAUUAAAUCAAAUGGAUUUUUAUCUGCUAUGCCAUACUUGAUCAUGUGGAUCCUGAUUAUAGCAUUUUCCUGGAUUAGCGACUACAUCAGGACACAUGGUUUGAUAUCAAAUACAAACCAGAGGAAAAUUUGGAAUAGCUUAGCUCACUGGGGUGGAGCUUUAGCAUUGGUCUCACUCUAUCUAUUUGAUACAUCAACUACAGGAGCAAUAGUCUUGUUGACUGCAGCUCUUAGUUUAAACAGCGGCGUUUUCACAGGUUUUUUGACCAACCAUUUAGAUUUGGCACCCAAUUUUGCAGGCACACUACUAGGAAUUACAAAUAGUAUAGCAAAUAUUACGUCAAUAUUGGGACCAUUGUUAGUAGGCUUCGUUGUAACGGACAAUUGUAACAAAGACCAAUGGGGCAUAGUGUUUUUAUGCUCAGCUAGCGUCUUCUUCAUUGGAAACUUAUUAUAUGUUAUAUUUGGAACUGCUGAUACUCAAUCGUGGAAUGAUUCAUCGAUAAACAACAAAAUAAAAAACGGUGAAAAUGAAGACCCAUGA